AAUUUUGUACCUUCGAGCAGGAUAUAUAUUGAACAGAGUCCUUCCACAAGUAUCAACGACAGAAACGAUUUUAUUCGAUGUUUUAAUAAAUCACAGUGAUAAUGUUCUCGUCCAAUCCAAAUAAAUCAUUUCUAUUAAGAGUGAGGAUCUACCGACGUGUAUAAAAUGUGAGGGAUGUCUUCAUUGAAUGAAAAUCAAUAUUUUGUUCAUCGAAUGGUUUCUUUAGAACCUCAUCUAAAAUUGUAAAAAUGUUUCCAGUGGAAAUUUUCCACAUAACGGACCGUACUACAGCAAAAAUUGCUGCCUCUCAUCAAUAGCCAUUCAGGUUUGAUUUGGAAAUUCUACGUUUGGUAUUGUAUGAUAGUAAAGAUAAUAGUUUCCAAUUUUGAAUUGAACAGUCGCAAUACUGAAAUAUCGAAUUUGGAUUACUUUCCCUUGUUCUUCGAGAAACUUGAACCGUACUUAGCAUUCAGUUUUAAAUGAGAAAAGAAUUAAGUGAACCGCUAUGAAUAACUCUGGAGCCGUUUCGAAUCAGGCAUAUGUUGAUGAUGGAGAAGGGUAUGUCACUAGAAUAAAAAUUGGAAAAGAAGCGCAGUCACAAGAUCAUUGCGUCGAAGAAACAGCCGCAGAAACAACUGACACCGACUACAAUCCAUAUUUGCACCGUAACGUGCAGCAUCCAUUAACCAACAAUGAAACGUUGGUUCAUUUACUUAAAAUUGCAUUGGGUACCGGAAUUUUCGCCAUGCCUAAUGCAUUCAAUCACGCUGGCUAUUUAGUCGGCUUUAUCGGCACAAUCAUCAUCGGCAUCAUAACAAAUUACUGUGUUCACAUGCUGGUUAACACUCACUAUUUGUUAUGCAAAAAGAAAAAGGUACCCAGUUUAACAUACCCAUUAAUUGCUGAAGCUGCAUUCUUGUCCGGCCCGAAGUGUUUUCAUAAGUAUGCCGCAGCAAUGAUACAAGUAGUGAAUGUUUUCACCUUAGUGUACGAAAUCGGAGCGUGCUGCAUUUAUGUCGUGUUCAUGGCUUCGAAUUUCAAAGAACUAUCGGACUAUUUUCUUGAUACGGAAACAGACAUUCGACUGAUCAUGCUGAUCAUGUUGUUGCCGUUAAUUCUGAUCAAUUGGAUCAGAAAUUUGAAAUAUUUGGCCCCGCUGUCAACCAUUGGAACAUUUUUCACCGUUGCUUCCAUCAGCAUCGUAUGCUACUACAUCUUUCGUGAACCGUUAACAUUUGAUGAUGGAAAACAGGCCGUGGGAAGUCUCAGGGGAUUUCCAUUCUUCUUCGGCAAUGUUUUGUUUGCAUUGGAAGCCAUAGCUGUCAUUAUGCCACUCGAGAAUGAAAUGAAAACACCGAAACGUUUUGUCGGUGUAACCGGAAUUUUAAACCGAUCGAUGUGCGUCGUUAUAGCGCUUUAUGUUGGUGUUGGAUUCUGCGGGUACCUCAAAUAUGGGCCAGAGAUCAAACCAUCUAUAACGCUGAAUCUUCCACAACAAGAAAUAUUAGCUCAGGCCGUCAAGACAAUGAUAAGCUGCGGUGUAUUCAUUUCCAACGCAGUGGUAACGCAGGUAGCAAUUGACUUGGCAUGGACACAAUAUUUUGUCAACCGAUUAACGGAAAAUUCCAAUAAAUUGCUGUGGGAGUAUUUUUUACGUACGGGCAUCGUGUGUAUUACCUUUUUAUUUGCUGUUGCCAUUCCCAAUUUGGAUCUGUUCAUAUCACUGUUGGGUGCAUUAACGCUAUCCAUGUUAGGUUUAACGAUGCCUGCGAUUUUCGAUUGUUUGACUCAGUGGCACCACACGUCUGGAUUGGCUAGAUUUAUUUUGAUUUUGAAGAAUGCGACAAUUGCUAUUAUUGGUUUAGCGGGUCUGAUUAUCGGAACAUCAAUCAGCAUGCAAGACAUAAUAAAAACUUAUUUUGAGUGA